UAACUGCUUCAGAAUCACUGGAAGCGGUUCACGUUUUUUUUGUUUGUUUCUCUCUUUGCACCUUUUUUCCAUCUCUGCACAACGCUCAUUGCCGCAGAAUCUCUGUAACAAGGCCAUUCCAUACACACACUCUUAAAUCAUAACCACACUUUUACGCUUAUUGAUGCCUUUGAUUUCAUGGCGUUUACCUACCCUUAUUGCUUCCCCUUUCCCUCUUUGUUCUCCGUGAUACCAACUCAAUAACUCACCACCACCAAUUGUGUUUCUUUUCCCUACCUAGCUCUAACAAAGGGUCUUGUCCCUUUCCUACUAACCUAAAGUCUCUCAUUUUUCACUGCAUCACCAUGCAACUUGGGUGGCUACUGUAGCUCUGUUCUCCACAAUAAAGUUCACAUUUUGACCAAGGAGGUUUUGCUUUUCCAGCUGUCAACUUUAAGGUUUUAUGACAUUUUAGCUUUCCUCUUGGGAUGUUGUGUGUGAUUUUGUGAAUGUGAAGCUCUGAAGAAACAGUAAUGGGGUGGAGCGAGGGGUAUAAAAAUAGAGUCUUUUCUAUGAAUACUUGGUGAAUGGAUGUAAUUUUGUAAAAGGGGGGAAAUGGGUGCUACGAACUCAAGAGCAGAAAAAAAUGAGGCUUUGAGUUUGUGCAGGGAAAGAAAGCGGUUCAUCAAGGUGGCUAUUGAUUCAAGAUAUGCUUUAGCUGCUGCACACGUUUCGUACAUUCAAUCUCUUCGAAAUGUUGGCAUUGCUCUCCGCAGGUAUGCUGAGGCUGAGGUAGUGAUGGAGUCAUCUCUGUCUAUAUCUGACAAAACCCCAUCUCAAACUAGUUACCCUUCUCCAUCAUCACCUUCACAUGUUGCUGAGGUUGAGGUUUCGGAGUCACCUUUUCACAAUGAGAGUCCUCGUUCGCCACCUGUGGCCACCACUCUUAGUUACAUGAGAUCAGGGGGUAAUUCUGCUGUCACUGUUAAGAUCAAUGCUUAUGGCAACAACAACUAUUUGGAGGAUGAAUCCACGGUGGUUCCAAUGCCUCCUCCUCCACCACCUCCUCAUGAGUCGGGUGCAUCUUGGGACUUCUUUGACCCUGGGGAGGACAGUGAGAGCUUCAGAUUUGCAGUGCAUUGUAGCGAGUCCAGAGGGUGUAAUGAUGAUGAAAAGGGUGAUCAGUGGUUCAAUGUUGGUUCAGAUGGGCAUAGCAUGAUGCAGCCCAACCUGGAUGAGAAGUUUGGUGGAAACUUCAGUAGUGCUGCAAUGGGAAAUGAGUGUGGCAAUUCUUAUGCACACUGUGUUGAUCACUCAACUUUUUCUAGAGGAGUUGAAGGUGGCAAACAAAUGGUUGAUGGAGAAGUGAGAGAACUAGAGUUGGCAAAUGCUGUAAGUGAUGUAAAGGGUGUUGGUGGAAGAUCCAGUUCAAAGAGGGAGAAGAACAUGGCUGGGAAGAAUGUGUGCACAGAAAGAGAGGAUCCUUCAGAGUACAUUACUCACAGAGCUAAAGAUUUUCUCUCUAGCAUAAAGGAUAUAGAGCAUAGGUUCGUUCGAGCUUCUGAAUCUGGUAGGGAGGUCUUGAGGUUGUUAGAGGCAAAUAAAAUCAAGGUUGGAUAUUCUGAGGCAAAAGGAAAGUCUUCUACCAUGGCUUUGUUGUCGACUUUCCAGCCUGUAUGUUGUGGUGGAAAGGCUUCACCUGUUUUCCAGGAACCUGCUCAAAAAAUUAUUAGUUGGAAAAGGACAACAUCUUCUCGAUCAUCCUCAUCCAGGAAUGCUUUGGCGGCAAAAACAAAGGAAAAUAUUGACGACAGUGGAAGUGACUUUGUUGAAGAGUCCUGUAUGAUUGCUGGAAGCCAUUCAUCCACCCUUGACAGACUAUAUGCAUGGGAACGAAAACUCUACGAUGAAGUAAAGGCUAGUGAAUCCAUCAGGAAGGACUAUGAUCGAAAAUGUCACCAGCUUAGGCAUCAAUUUGCAAAAGAUCAAGGCACUCAUGUGAUUGACAAGACCCGAUCAGUUGUGAAGGAUCUGCAUUCACGGUUAAGAGUGGCUAUAUAUUCCGUCGAUUCAAUAUCUAAAAGAAUUGAGAGAAUGAGGGAUGAAGAGUUGCUCCCACAACUUCUGGAAUUAACAGAAGGAUUGAUCCGGAUGUGGAAGGCUAUGCUUGAAUGUCAUCAUGCACAGUACAUCACCAUCUCCUUGGCAUAUCAUUCAAGGAGCUCAACAGGAGCCUCACAGGGAGAUGGGUGCCGAGAGAUAAUGAAUCGGCUGCUAGAAGAAGUUGAGUUCUUUGGUCUGAGUUUUGCUAACUGGAUGAACAGCCUCACAUCAUAUGUGGAAGCUCUCAACGCGUGGCUGCAAAACUGUAUACUGCAACCAAGGGAGCGUUCCAAGAGCAGAAGGCCAUUCUCCCCGCGCCGAGUUCUGGCACCGCCUAUAUUUGUUCUUUGCCGUGACUGGUCUGCUGGGAUCAAAGCUUUACCCUCUGAGGAAUUAAGUCAGGCAAUCAAAAACUUUUUGUCUGAUCUUCACCUGCGGACGGAGCAGCAGAAUGACCAUCUUCUCAAGAAACAGAAUUCUGUCAAUGAAAGUACUGCUGAAACUGAGAGUAAAACUAAUGAAGACAAUGAAGAUGACGAAUCCACGAAUUUGAGCUGCAUACAUGCAAGGUUAACAAAGGUUCUUGAUCGACUGACCAAAUUUUCUGAAGCUUCAUUGAAGAUGUAUGAAGAUAUCAAGCAAAAAAGUGAAGCAGCUCGAACUGCGUAUCAUAAUUGCAGAACUAUCAGGGGUGAAAAUUUUUAAUCUUCGAGUAUAUGAAAUUUCUGUUGUGCAUGCUUGGCGUUGAUUUAUUUGUGAAACACCCCCACCCCACCCCCAAAAAAAAACUACAAACACAUGGUCGUGGUCCUUGGUGGAAAAAGAAAUUUAUAAGAUGAAAAAUGUGGUGUCAGUAAAUGGAUGUGUUAUGUGAUGACUAGCAAAGACCGUCUUACUUUGUUAGUAUAAUCUUACUUCACUGGUGGUUUGUUGGAGACAAUGUCACUGUCAACCAUUUUUAGUUUUCUGAA